AUGUCUGGUCAAAUAUCGCGUGGCUUGCCGCAGAAGCAAGAGAAUGUGAACGAGCCUGCGACUAUUCCUUACACCCCUGAAGAGCUGGAGCGUCUCAAAACUGCGCUAGAUCGUAAGUUGGGACCCGAAUUUAUCAGCAUCAGAAGUGGGCCUGGCCAGACCAAAGUGAAUUACCUGGAAGGAUGGAAGGCCAUCAAUUUGGCCAAUGAGAUUUUUGGUCCUACGGGAUGGAGGUCUGAGCUCCGUUCGUUCCAAGUGGACUACAUUGACGAGCGUAAUGGACGUGUUAGUCUGGGUCUAUCUUCCAUAGUUCGUGUUAUUCUGAGAGACGGGACGUACCAUGAAGACAUAGGAUACGGCUCGAUAGAUAAUUGCAACAGCAAGAGCGCGGCAUUUGACAAAUGCAAGAAAGAGGCUGCGACGGACGGGAUGAAGAGAGCGUUGAGACAGUUCGGCAACUCGCUUGGCAACUGUCUGUACGAUAAAGACUAUCUGAAGCGAAUUUGCAAGGUC